GCCCAAGUGUGGACCCUCUGUGUAAUGUUAUAUUUUCAGCUCCAAAACUCUCCAUGUGGAUGGGGGGGGGGGCCUUGAUGGGGACAUGGACUCCCCUGCAGAGCGUUACUCUGGACAGUCUCACUUGCGGCUGCCCCCCCUCCCCCCCACCACACACAUAUAAAUCAUUCAUGCUGUGAUUUUGAAGGUAUAUUAAUGAUGCAAAGAUGAUGGGUUUGACUGCUCAGAUUUUUAUUCUGUCUGACUUGUGAGAUGGGUUGCCACUUUUUAAAGACGCCCCUUCACCUUUGCUGUGUCUUCACUCAAAUCCACGACCCUUUCACCUGGAGCAAGGCUGUGUUGGGUGUGGCUUCUUGUUCUAUUCUAAUCAGCUUGGUGCUGUCUGUAUGUAGGGAAAAGCAGAUACAUUUCCCCGCUUUCGUGGGAAUACUAGGAGCAGCCCUUGUUCACCUCCCAUGCGGGAGGAAACAGUCUCCAGGGACUGUGUGCAGAACACUUUAAAGCUCAAUCUAGCCAUCAGCAUGUGGUCCUCACUAGGUACUAGAGGGGGGUCCCCGCAUGGUCUGAAAUUUGUGACACAGACAAUCACGACAGACGCAUUGAAAUUCUGGUGGAGUGGAGGCAGCCGUUCUACAGCUGACAAAAUGCAGGGUCUCCUUUAGCUGGCCUGGGCUGUUAGAGCUGUCGGUUUCAGGUGACCCAGAGAACACGCCCCCGUCCAGGGGUAGGAGAUUGUUUUUAGAGUACUUGUGUCCCACAUCUGAGUCUUCACUGGAAACAGCUUUGCUGUGAAGACAACAAAAAAAAAGAAGAAAAUCCUUGUCCGCUAAUGUGUCUUGUGGAUUUGAUUAAUGUUGCAGUCACUUAAAGAGAAAAUCUAAGCUAUUGUGCUCAUGUCUGUAGUGGAUUAUGUCCUUUUAAGGCUGCUUGUACUGGAUCAUAAUGAUGAAUGCGUUUAAAGGAACUGACAGGUCAUUUAUAACGUUUAAAACAGGGCAGACAUUUACCAGGCGAGAUCGGUGAGGAUUAUACUUCAGACUUGUUGGGAGUGAAUAGUAGCAAAGUCUACGUUUUUGUAUGUGAACUGACACACCACAGAAGGAAUGAAUGUGCAAGUAGCCACUUUUCUGUGGUCACUGCAUUAUUUUAAAAGGUCAGCAGUCUUAAGUGUUUUGUCCCUCCUUGAAAACGCAUGCUCAGCAGAAAGAGAGUGUGAGUUUCUCCACAUCUUCAGCCGCCCGUGUCUGCCUGGAUGUGCCCGGGCUAAAUUGGCGAUUUAGUGUGAACAGCUGUAUUUUUAAUUAUAGGACUUUAUCUCCAUUAUUUCUGCUUUGACCUGCAUCAGCGUGGCAGAGGCAAUGAGGGCGUGAGUGGAGAGACAGGAAGCUGUCACGAGGGGACCGGAGGACGGCUUGGGACAGGUGGACAGAGUUCCUGUGAAGAGGGAGGCAUCUCUGGAAACAAACUGACACUGACACGAACCUGACACUGCAGCCACGCUGAAGACCGAGCGCUUUCUGUCAAACAUCAGCUCGGCCUGCCACUCUCCCCGCUCAACAGGACCGCUGAGAUACCGCCGCCAUUUCCCCCAGUUCCCUUCACACCACGAGCAUCGGGAAGAAGGACGUCGUGUCACUCCUCAGUGUUAGCUGCGUUUUCCUUGGGUCUGAAACCAGGCCUACUGGGCAGAAUCGCUGUCAGCUCCUUGAUUUAAUGCACAAUUGGCUUGUGUACGUAAGCCUACCAAUCAGAGACACUUAUCCAGCUUUGCUCAGACUAAUGGCCAAUUUAGCAACCAGAGCCCUAAGGUCAGUCAGGUCUAUACACUCGGCCAUCGAUUAGCAUCGCCUCUGAUCUCAUUAGUUAUAUUUCCUGCCCUCGCUCGCUUGUUUGUUCACAUUAUCCGUUGCCCCUUCAGCAUAUGCUGUAAAUAGCAAGUGUUGUGUCAGUUCCUUUACAGAUUGCUGAGCCCCCCCCCUCCCUCUAACUGUAAUUACUGUGUGCUGUAUACAGCACCUGGAUGUGAACGUCCCAUCUGCCGACCAUUAGCCUCUGGCGAGCGGGUUGGAAGACGCUGCGUUUUCAUCGGGUUCUUUAUGCGCUCGGGGCAGCUUGUUGUGUCAUGUCCAAUCAAUACACUCCAGCGCUUCUGAAAACGAGAGCGGAGAUGGCGUUGGUGUAAUAAAUUGGCCUGUUGUUGUUUCCCACCUCCAGUUCAGUCGCUUUCGAGCAGGGUGAUCAGCUCCGGGCUGAGUUAGAUUGAUUUCUUGUCGCGUGUGGGCAUUUUUUUUUCUUUGUGUGUGCGUGUGCAUGUAUGUGUGUGUGCGCGUGCGUUUGUACCAGGCCUGUCACAACUCCAGAGUCGCUCAGAGCUAGCACGCGGCCGCCUUUGUAGCCUGCCUCAAACCUGGCCAACCUGUCGGCGCACCCCACCAUCCAGACGGUCUGUAAGUUCUGCCGCCGGGCCCCUUGGAGGAUGAGCGAUGUCCCCACGCUGGACUACGAGGUGCUGUCCCCGGGCCCCUCACUCCCCGGGGCCCCCACCAGCCCGCCGCUGGCGGGCGACAACGAGCAGAAGACGGCCCUGGCCUUCGUAGGCCUCCUGCUGCUCUUCCUCAUCUUCCUCCUGGUGCGCUGCUUCCGCAUCCUCCUGGACCCCUACAGCCGCAUGCCCUCCUCGUCCUGGACCGACCACAAGGAGGGGCUGGAGAGGGGCCAGUUUGACUAUGCGCUGGUUUAGGGGAGACCCGCGGGGCACCCCUCUUUUAGGCCUGGCUCCCUCCGUCCUCCCGCACGAGAGGGGAGGACCAGUGCACCCUCUUUAGGAGUCACUGCACAGACACUGGCUGAGCCCCUCUAGCAUAGCGUUUCCUACUGAAACACCUCUUGAGCAGGCCCCCCUAAGCACACCGCUGUGCGAGGAACACAUGCUGUAUUUGGAGCUGGGGUCCCUUUUGUUCUGGGUAGUGGCUUCAGUUGCCGGGAGGCUAGCAGAGCCAUUAGAAAAAUCACUGAACACAACACAGCACUCGCCAUCGCUGUCCUUUCACUGCUUGAUUAUAGAGCCCGGGGGAUGAUGAUCUGCACAGCAGCAGUAACGUGCCAAUAUCUGGCUUUUACGUUUGACUGCGUUUAUGUUUAUCCUUGGCACCAGUACAGAAAAAAACGGGGUUUUGCUUGGGAUGGGUGCAAUAAUACCAGCUGAUGGCAAAAAAAAAUAAUGUUACUCCAAACACGUUAAUGUGCUUGGAGGCAGAUGGAUGGAAAAAUAAGGGAAAUUAAACUGGUGAAUUGUACCCCUCCAUCCCCAUUCUUGUAGUCCUGCGAGUCUUUCCAGUAACUGUCCAGCAAACUGAUGGUAAAUGUUUGGAUUGUGUUUUAACGAUGUUGUUUACAGGAGUUGAUUCCCUUUAAGAAACCUGGCCAGAUGUUUUGCUUCAUACUGUAGUCACAUGUUAAAAUGUGUAGGCUUUUGCCUGAUGAAUCAUAGUAGCUCUGUCUGUCUAUAACCGAAAAAAGCCAUAUCUGUAGAAGACCUAUAAUUGUAUUGCUAUUGGUCUUUCUCUUUGCUCUAUCCUACCUGCCAAGCUUGGUGAAACCUGUUGUGUAUGAGAGAAACUUUUAGAGACAUCGGAAAUGCUUUAUUUUUGUAUUCUGACUCUGGUUUAGAGUCUCUUUUUGCAAAUAUUCAGUAGUUUCUCUUGGUUUUGUAGCUCUCAGUGUUGUAAUUGGAUAAUGAGUAGCCAAGCUUCGGGAAUUAAGUACAAGUUUGAAGAGAUUGUGUUUUGCUCACAUUUUUCCAAGAUUUGUAAGUAGAUUGGAUAUUUUUCCUACUGUUCUUUUUUUGCUAAGCAGAAAUUGUGUUUAAUAAAAUGGGGGUUUUCUUCUCUA